UGAGCCUCAAAGUUCUAGCCCUCGCCGUGCAGGGGAUUUAAAGCGGCCACACACUGAAAGCGCCUCCGCCUCUCUCCCCCCAGCCGGGGGCUUUGCCAGCCGCUGCUGCUCCCAGGCUCCAGCAGCCCCUUGUCUCCACCCCCUCCCCUCCAGCCCCCCAAGUUAACUCUGAUCUCUCUGCCAGGUUCACCCCCAAAUGCCAGCCAUGAUAGAGAAGGGCCCAGAGGUCUCAGGGAAGAGAAGAGGCAGGAAUAAUAAUGCCACUUCUGCCGCCAGUGCUAAUAAUAAUGGGAAUAAUAAAAGUUUGGCAGCGGCAGCAGCACCCAAUGGAAAUAGCAGCAGCAACUCCUGGGAGGAAGGCAGCUCUGGCUCCUCUAGUGAUGAAGAGCAUGCAGGAGGAGGCAUGAGAGUUGGAGCCCAGUACCAAGCCGUGGUUCCUGAUUUUGAUCCGGCCAAACUUGCAAGGCGCAGUCAGGAGAGAGAGAACCUUGGCAUGCUGGUCUGGUCACCUAAUCAGAAUCUGUCCGAGGCAAAAUUGGACGAAUACAUUGCCAUUGCUAAAGAGAAACAUGGAUACAACAUGGAACAGGCCCUUGGAAUGCUCUUUUGGCACAAGCAUAAUAUUGAAAAAUCCUUGGCUGAUUUGCCCAACUUUACUCCAUUCCCAGACGAGUGGACAGUGGAAGACAAGGUCUUGUUCGAACAGGCCUUUAGUUUCCAUGGGAAAACAUUUCAUAGAAUUCAGCAGAUGCUUCCUGACAAAUCGAUAGCCAGUUUGGUGAAAUUUUACUACUCCUGGAAAAAGACAAGGACUAAAACCAGCGUGAUGGACCGCCAUGCUCGUAAACAAAAAAGGGAACGGGAAGAAAGUGAGGAUGAAAUGGAGGAAACAAAUGGAACUAACCCUGUUGAUAUUGAAGUUGAACAAAACAAGGAGAGCAAAAAAGAGGUGCCGCCACCUGAGACAAUGCCUCCGGUGAAGAAGGAGAAGCACAGUACCCAGGCUAAAAACAGAGCAAAGAGGAAACCUCCCAAAGGAAUGUUCCUUUCUCAAGAGGAUGUGGAGGCCGUUUCUGCCAACGCCACUGCUGCUACCACUGUGCUCAGACAACUGGAUAUGGAAUUGGUCUCAAUCAAGCGACAGAUUCAAAAUAUCAAGCAGACAAAUAGCGCUCUCAAAGAAAAACUUGAAGGUGGAAUAGAACAAUACAGACUUCCAGAGGUCGUUCAGAAAUGUAAUGCACGUUGGACCACAGAUGAGCAGCUUCUUGCUGUGCAAGCAAUCAGGAAGUAUGGCCGAGAUUUCCAGGCAAUCUCUGAUGUGAUUGGAAAUAAAUCUGUGGUGCAAGUGAAACAUUUUUUUGUAAGUUACCGGCGUCGUUUCAACAUAGAUGAAGUUCUACAGGAGUGGGAAGCAGAACAUGGCAAAGAGGAGACAAAUGGACCUAGUAACCAGAAGCCUGUAAAAUCGCCUGAUAAUUCCACUAAAAUGUCAGAAGAGGAAAAUGAGGCUACUUCUGUUCUUGAUGUCAGAUAUGCAUCUGCUUCAUGAGAAGCUCGUGUAGACUAGAACAAUUUGUGUUUGACUACUGUGUUAUCCAGGAUAUCAGGUAUUAGCAAACCUCAGACAGCCAUCUGCAUCAUAUCUAUGUGGACAAGCAGCUAUUACCAAAAAAAGGCAAACGCUUCCAGUCCUGUGCUACAUCUGCCUUAAUUUUUCCUCAUUCCUCCAUACUGCCUCCACUUUCUUUCAAAAGCUCCCAGAUAGCGUUCCAUUUCAUCAAUAUCCUGCUUAAGCACGGGGACUUCUAGAACCAGUUACACCUGUGGGUAAAAUCUGGCAAGUCUGCACAGCAAGGAACUCCGGUGUUAGCAGCCCCACACUAAUGCUACACAGUAGGAGCUCUUGGUCCUCUCCCUAGGGUAUAAGUAUGUAUUGCUGCAUGGCCUUGUGAUCUCUGCUUCCUGUAUAAAGUAAUUAUUAUUCUUACAAUGACACUAUUAUUAGUGAGCUUUCUAUAAAGGAGAGGCUUAUGCACAUGCCAAUGGCAUCAUACUUACUCUGCAAUUACAGGGCAUUUUAGCAAGCAUUCUUAAAUAAUGCAAAGUGAUGUGAAAGGUUAUUCCUAAGUUUGGGGUCUAUCUACAGUUGUAAACAUAACUCAUUACACUUCUGGUUUGUGCAAUUCUUUCUUUCCGCUGUGUUUGUACAUGUUCUUGCUUCAUAGAAAGCUCACUAACUGGUUGAGUGUUUUAUUCCUGGAUAUUUUUAAUAGCUUUUAUUUAGUGUAAAAGGGAAUACAUAACCUGAAAUCUGUCAGAUACAAUAUAUAACCCAUGGCAUUCGGCAUUCACAUUGUAACUUUUUAAGUGAGUGCCACGCAACUUCUUUUUUCCUGACUCUCCGUGGGAUUAAGUCAAAACAACUUUAGCUGGUGCUUCUCCCUUUGGAAUGUCCUUCCCUCCACCCCCCCCCUUCUCG